AUGCUUCGGAGACGUCUCCUUGCAAUCGAAUUAUGCGUUGUCGAUUCGCCUUGCUUUUUACGGAGACUGCUCCCGUUCGUCCUGCUGGCUUGGUCUCGCAAGUUCUUCAUCAUCGGAUUCAUAUUGUACAACCGCCGCACCUCAGCGGAUAUACAAGAGCGCCGUAUUGCGAAUUUCUUUAGCCUCAAUUUCAAUGCUACAGCUCAUUUAACACGAGGGGAGGUAUUCGUAACAAUAGCAUAUCCGUCGUCACACUUCUCGUCCUAUGCGAUGCACGCAAACAGCAUCGAGAUACGAUGGCAAUGCACUGAUCCAGACCCAAUGUUACCACCGACAGAUCAGCCCUCAAACACGACUACUCCAUUUACCAGGAAGGGGAUAAGUCCAGGGACUGUAGCCGGCACCAGUAUCACCGUGGUGGCGGUAGUGACUGGCCUAGCUGUCGGAUUGUUCCUCUGGAUCCGAAGACGAAGACGGACCGAGGGAGGUCACAUCGAACAACCCCACCAGCAUGAGUUUGCCAAGCCAGAGUUGGAUACACGGAGUCCCCCUAUGGGCAGAAACGCCUAUACUGUCUCGAAAGCAGCGACAGCAGACAUUGGGGAACUCCAUGGCAGCCCCGUACCGAUAUCACCGACUAACACAACGCCCGUGUCUGGUACGACCACUGUCAGAUAUUUCAAAUGGGACGCAGAUAAAAGUGCCGAGCUCCCAUCACCUACAAAACCAGCAGAAGUUCAUGGGGAGGGAAUCCAGGAGCUUCAGGGGCAAACUGUCAGCCAUAUGGAUACGAAUGAUCAUAAUAUUUCGGUUUCGCCAAUUGGAAAUUCAAGAUCAGGACAGUUGAAACGGAAACCAGUACGACAGUCUCAAACCGAACCUUCAUACGAUCUUGUUCAGAACCUCUGUUCGCGUUUAGAAGGAUUAAGGUUCGGGCAAUAUGCCGGAAAGGGUUGUCACUACAUGUGGAUCGAAUCCCCAGUUGAUGUCAGUAUCAUAAACCGGGCAAAUACUGUUUCAAUGGCCUUUCAAGUAGCAAUGAUGAUGUCCGUAAUCUGUGAGAAAACAUGGGCUGGCUCACUGCUCAACUCGGGGUCCGGAACUAACCCGGCGGCGGAAUGCUUCUUGAACACAUUCCUCCUGUCGCCGUAA